UUGUGAUUGGUGGGAUAUUACGCUGCCACCGAUAAUAUGAGCUGUGAUAAGACGGUUUUAUAUAGUUUAUGCUCCUCGGUCCGUUACUCAUUUUGGUUCAGAGAGCUGGACGAAGCGGCUGUCGCAUUUACUUUAUUUUGUAACUUAAUUUAAAAACUAACAGAAAAUGUGCGACGAGGAAGUAGCCGCGCUGGUGGUGGACAACGGGUCCGGCAUGUGCAAGGCCGGGUUCGCGGGCGACGACGCGCCGCGCGCCGUGUUCCCGUCCAUCGUGGGCCGCCCGCGCCACCAGGGCGUGAUGGUGGGCAUGGGCCAGAAGGACUCGUACGUGGGCGACGAGGCGCAGAGCAAGAGAGGCAUCCUCACCCUCAAGUACCCCAUCGAGCACGGCAUCGUCACCAACUGGGACGACAUGGAGAAGAUCUGGCACCACACCUUCUACAACGAGCUGCGAGUGGCGCCCGAGGAGCACCCCGUGCUGCUCACCGAGGCGCCGCUCAACCCCAAGGCCAACAGAGAGAAGAUGACACAGAUCAUGUUCGAGACGUUCAACACGCCCGCCAUGUACGUGGCCAUCCAGGCCGUGCUGUCGCUGUACGCGUCCGGGCGCACCACCGGCAUCGUGCUGGACUCGGGCGACGGCGUGUCGCACACGGUGCCCAUCUACGAGGGCUACGCGCUGCCGCACGCCAUCCUGCGGCUGGACCUGGCCGGCCGCGACCUCACGGACUACCUGAUGAAGAUCCUCACGGAGCGCGGCUACUCGUUCACGACCACCGCCGAGCGCGAGAUCGUGCGCGACAUCAAGGAGAAGCUCUGCUACGUCGCGCUCGACUUCGAGCAGGAGAUGGCCACCGCCGCGUCCAGCAGCUCGCUGGAGAAGUCGUACGAGCUGCCCGACGGACAGGUCAUCACCAUCGGCAACGAGAGGUUCCGUUGCCCGGAGGCUCUCUUCCAGCCCUCGUUCCUGGGAAUGGAAGCCAAUGGAAUCCAUGAGACCACAUACAACUCCAUCAUGAAGUGCGACGUCGAUAUCCGUAAGGACCUGUACGCCAACACAGUGCUGUCCGGAGGUACCACGAUGUACCCCGGAAUCGCCGACCGCAUGCAGAAGGAAAUCACCGCCCUCGCCCCAUCCACGAUGAAAAUUAAGAUCAUCGCACCUCCGGAAAGGAAGUACUCCGUAUGGAUCGGAGGCUCCAUCCUUGCGUCUCUGUCCACCUUCCAGCAGAUGUGGAUCUCGAAACAAGAAUACGACGAGUCCGGCCCCUCAAUCGUCCACAGGAAGUGCUUCUAAAAUCUAAACGCCAAGAAAGACUAGUCCUAAAACAAUAUGAUGCCCCACACCAACGUCCCAAUCGGGUGGCUCAAAUUACGCUUGUGAUCUAUAUUUUAAGUUCAGUAUUUAAAUAGAUUGUAAGGUGUCGUAAUAUGCAUAUUACGUAAAAUUGACAAAGAAUUUAAUUUAUUUAUUAAAGUAACUAACAUUUUUAAUAAAAAAAAUUAUUUAUAUGCCGGUAUAAAA